GAGAGGUAGUGAGGCAAUUAGUGACAAGAAUGUCACUUUGUCGAAGAAAUGCACAGAGCAAGACCGAAAUACCACCAUUCAAAUUAACCAGGUUACCGAAGUGUGACAGCAGCUCCUCGUGCACUUUUUGGAAGGAACAUAUAUGUAAACUUUUGGAAAAAUAUCUAUAGAUUUUUUUUCGACUUGCUGAUUUGUUGGACACGUUCUGGUAAAAGUAUUGUCUGGUUUAGGAGGAAUAUUUUAUGUGCAGUAUUACUGUGACAUUUUUGUAACCUAUUUCAAAAAGGAAACAAUAUUAUUUAAAAUAAUAAUAAAUAAAAAUUGCAUAUAAGAUUAUACAAAUAUAUCAAUUUACGUUCUGAGAGGCUUUUUCUGUAGCUCGGUCAACUUCAUCAGGUUACUCUUGAGAGCGGUCAUUGCCUCGCCGUUAUUGAAGGAACGAGGUAGAAGUGUCUCAGCUGCAAUUUCUUCUCUGGACUGGAGAAGAAUAAUCACUGCUCCGCUUAUCUGCUGCACAUUGGAGGAUAUCGCUUACAUUGUAAAACUUCAUCAUCUGGCCUUCUGACAAGAAACACGAAAUGAAACCCUUUGCCUCGUUCGUCAUCCAGAUUGCAGUGACGCUCCAACUUCAGUUUUCACCUGCUCAGAGCAUUCCCUCACCCAGCGCAAACAGCACAACUGGAGUACUAAUGUUCCAGGAUGUGUGGGGCCGUAGUUUCUGCCGGACUAUAGAGAAGCUGGUGGAGGUGGUCCAAGAGUACCCUGGGGAGGUGGAGCACAUCUACAGCCCCUCCUGUGUGCCCCUGGUGCGCUGCGCUGGUUGCUGUGGCGAUGAGAACCUGGAGUGUCAUCCUACUCGGACCUCAAAUGUCACCAUGCAGCUGUUGAAAAUCAAGCCAGCGGAGCAGGGUCAAGAAUACGUUGAGAUGACUUUUGUGGAGCACCAGACAUGUGAAUGUAGAAUCAGGAAGGCUGUGGUGAAAAGUGAAAGAAGGAGACAGAGAGGGAGAGGAAAGAAAAGAAAGGAGAGACAGAGAGUGAAAGAUUGUGACAGGUGUCAGCCACCUCGCAGAUAACUGCAGUAGCAGCCCUACACCUGUUGCAACCGGCAUCUCUAUUUAUUCCCUGCCCAGCGCUAACAGUAUCAAGAGUCUUCAAAACAAACACAUCAAUACUGUGUGUCUCCAUGCACCUAGAGACUUAAGCAGCUGGGUUGUUAUGGUGACAGGCCCUCUUGCUGUAGGGGAGUGUUUCCAACUUAGGUUCCACAGGAAGCACAUGUUGCUUGGUGAAAAAAAUACCUUGGUGACAACUGACCUGAGAGACAUUUUUGUGAAGCAGUGCAAUUGAAGACCAAACAUUUAAAGGUUUUAAAGUUAAAAUCAUGAUGGAUGUUUUGCAUAAUUACAUGAUUAUUAUUGUUUAGUGUUGUUUAUUUUAUUGCUGUGGUUGUUUUAGCUGCUUAUCCCAUUUAACAUGAAUAGGCCUAUUUAUUAAUAAAUGUUCCAUUCAUGAACUUUCUAUGUUGUUUCAUUAAAUCUUUAGGACUAACCGACUAACCAAAUACUUGGGGUCCUCUCAUGGCAAGCAGGUUCAUUGGUAGACUAGCAACUCCUUUCCCAAAGGAAUAAGUUAUAUUUAACUUUUUGUGUUGUGAUAUUAAACAUUGUACUGUCAUACAUGGACUAUGGACUAGUACAGUCAGUGAGUUUUCAGCCUUAUGUGGAGUCUGGGCGUACUAAGUGCUCAGGAGCCCCUGCAGCAGCAACAGGACUAUACUAGUAGAAUAUCACCCUCCAGUGGUUACAAAUGGCAUUUUCAGAGUAAUUUUUUAAAAAGAGAUUUGUUUAGGAUGAGGUAUAGAAUUAUAUUAUUGAUAUAAUAGGUACAGUUAUGUCCAUCAUAAUUUUUUCAUAGGACAAGGUGUUGGUGUACUUUUAUUUAAUUAAAUAUAAAUAUCAUAAAAUAACCACAAAAUCAAUAUACAUGUAGGCUAUGCAAUAUACUGUAACAUACACAUUGUAUUUUUCAUCUUAAUGUUUAAAAAAAAAUCAGACAACAAGUCACUGCCCAUGUAACAUAAUAGUCAAUAACUCCAAAGCAAGUUGACCUACAAGUAGACCUUACAAGUAGACCUACACUGCAAGUAGACCUACACUGCAAGUAGACCUAUACCCCAGUAUCAAUUUAAGGAGCUGCGUUAGAAAGAGCUGAGUUAAACCAACUUAAGCUAUGAACAAUCAUGGAACUUGAACUGACUGGUUGCUGUGAAAUGGCUAAUUGGACCAUAUAAACUCUGUUAACAUUUUAACUUGGUGAUCAAGACCCUCAGACUAGGUGUGUUCCUUGUUUCUCUAUUUCAUUUAUAGGCCUAUAACCCUAGCCCUUAAUGAAUCACUAACCAUCUGAAUUCUUUAGCAAUACAAGACCAUCGCUUACUGAGAGGUCGACACGUCUGGUUAGCAGAUAUCACUGAAUUUGUUCAGGAAAUGUGUCAUUCUACUGCUUAUUAGGGCUGCUACUGCUGUCAUUUCUGUUUCAUGACUUACGGCGUUAUUGUGUUUUUUUCCAGACUACGUUGUGUUUCUGAUUCUUUCACAGCUGAACCAAAUAUUAAAAUGAGUUGCUGCUCUUAGAGUUUCAAUGUUCUCUAUUCCCCUCUGUCAUACACUCACCUCAAGUCAUUUUACAAUCUACACACUAAUCGAGUACACUAUCACAUUGCCCUCCACCUGUGGUGGGUCUGUUUUUAACAUGACUUUCAUAUUGGCAUUUUUGUGUAUUAUCUGUUGAAUAAAGCAGUGGGUUGAUGUACAGAACCAUGAAUUACAUUUCACGCUUAAGAGUAGAGAAUUGUUUUAUCAUUUGUGCUUGUUGUGUAUUUAUUAGACAGUGUCCUUUAAUAUGACUAAGAACAAAUUUGUUCUGGAGAAGUGUAUGCCUAUUUUAUCUAAAAAAUAAAAUAGAAUCUGUGAUGUUGUAAUCAAAUAUGAUAAAGGAUAUGCCCAAAUAUCUGAGUGAGUAUUAUAUAUUGUAAAUAGAUAUAGAUAUAUUAUAUCUGUGAAGAGUGUGCAACAGUUAAUAAAGAAAUAUA